UAGUUAUCAAUUGCUAAAGUUAACAUAUCUUACAGGUUAUUUUACUGGCUAUGGUAGUGUUAUUGACCUGGGCUGACACACCGCAAUUAGUACUGACCAGGCUCUGGUACUGGCUAGCUAUUAAUUGCCUUCUGGCCAGUGAAACUGAAUUUCCUUUGUGAAGCUUCAGCUUGCCUGGAAAUUAUACUGAAGCAGCUGUGUACCUUUCUUGUGUAGAUUUUUUGUCAUCCGCCGGUUAAAGCUGACAGCUAACCAUUAGUCAGUCAGCUUUAGGAUAGUUUAUCCUCAUUUGUUGACUAAGUAUUUUUCAUUCUUGCACACAUACAUUGAGUCAUCUAGCACCAAUGUGCCUCAUUGAAAUCUGUCAGUAAAUCAUCACAAAUAAAUUGUUCAGAUCAGUUUACACGUGCAUCCGUUUUAACCCACCCAGACUUGAUGUCAGAGGAGAGGGGUGUGGGUAUCCAAAUGGAACAUUACCUGAUAAGGAAUCAAGCAAAUGCAUCAACUCUCCAUUACGACCAAGCUUGAUUGCCCGCAAAUCCCCCCCCCCCUUUUUCCUUUACCAAGUUAUAUUUCCAGCCCCGUCUGUACAAGACUUGUUGUAAAAAUGUGAAGAUAGAUCUGUCAUGCAGGCUUGGCUAAUGAUCACACUGUAACGUCCUCAAUAGAUUUGAAAGGCCUUGUUGCAACUAUGAAUUGUUUAAGUUAGCCACAUUUCCUCCAUGGCUUUGUAUUUGUCUCCACUCACAGCAGUUACUGAUACUACUGUCACCUCAUGGAGGUCAUUAGUUGAGUUAGGAUUCAUUGAUUGUGAUUAAGCAAUGGUUUGACCGCCUUGAAUCUUUCAAGACAAGCAAAGUAGUGAGAAGGGAACACUAAGAAUGAAUAGCAGAAUUGGACAUUUAGUAGUUUGAAGUUUAAGAGGAUUCAGUUAUCACUUUGGAUAUAUUGUGUGUGUGUGUGUGUGUGUGUGUGUGUGAGAGAGUGAUUUCUCCAGUGUGUUGUCUCCAUUUCAGUUGGGAAACCUGAGCUUAAAUCCCAGGGCUGGCCGUAUCAGGCAGGAGCGGAGAUAUCUAAUGUCUUAAUGGAGAGGCAGAACAUGGAGGCUUAAUUGUAGUAACCCUGGAGCGAUCCCUGUUGCUGCAUGAGGAAAUGUCAACAAUCAACUUCACUUAGGACCGGUCCAGGGCAGCUGGUGACGCGGACAGGACGGAUGAGCGAUGAGGAGGCGGAGCUGAGGUUCAGUUGACCCUCCCCUUCUUCCUCCUCCCCCCCCCCCCCCCCCCCCUCCUCCAAGUAACUUCACCUGGGGAAAUACCUCUUCCUCACCUGUCCUCCCUCCCCCACCCCUCCUCCCAAUCCCUAACCCUCGCCCGCCUCACCCCCGCCAGCCGUGCCCAAUGUUCUCUCCAGAGCAGGAAAACAUCUCCACCACCGCCUCCACCAAAGUGCCAGUCAAGUACGGGGAGCUCAUCGUGCUGGGGUACAAUGGCUCUCUGCCCAACGGGGACCGGGGCAGACGUAAAAGCCGCUUUAGCCUGUGUAAGCGGCCCAAGGCGAAUGGGGUCAAGCCCAGCACGGUGCACAGCGGCUGCACGCCACAGGCAGCUAAGGCCAUCAGCAACAAGGACCAGCACAGCAUCUCCUACACUCUGUCUCGAGCACAGACGGUCGUGGUGGAAUACACGCACGACAGCGGUACAGACAUGUUCCAGAUUGGCCGCUCCACAGAGGGCCCCAUCGACUACGUGGUGACGGACACGGUCGCGGGCAGCCAGAGCAAUGCCGACACCCAGUCCGUCCAGAGCACCAUCUCCCGCUUCGCCUGCCGCAUCAUGUGCCAGCGCACGCCGCCCUACGCCGCCCGCAUCUACGCGGCGGGCUUUGACUCUUCCAAGAACAUCUUCCUGGGGGAGAAGGCAGCUAAGUGGAAAACGACGGACGGGCAAAUGGAUGGCCUGACCACCAAUGGCGUUUUGGUGAUGCACCCUCGCCACGGCUUCACCCAGGACUCCAAGCCUGGCGUUUGGCGAGAGAUCUCCGUGUGCGGCAACGUGUUCACGCUCCGAGAGACGCGCUCUGCACAGCAGCGCGGCAAAAUGGUGGAGAGCGAGAGCCAAGAACUGGUCGAUGGCUCGCUUGUCGACCUGUGUGGCGCCACCCUCCUGUGGCGCACGGCGGAGGGCCUGUCGCGCACGCCCACCCUCAAGCACCUGGAGGCCCUGCGGCAGGAGAUCAACGCGGCGCGGCCGCAGUGCCCCGUGGGCUUCAACACCCUCGCCUUCCCUUCCAUGCGGCGCAAGGACACGCCCGACGAGAAGCAGCCCUGGGUCUACCUCCAGUGUGGCCACGUGCACGGCUACCACAACUGGGGCAACCACCGGGAGGAGAGGGAGGGCCGUGAAGGACGCCACCGGGAGUGCCCCAUGUGCCGAGCCAAGGGGCCGUACGUACCGCUGUGGCUGGGCUGCGAGGCCGGCUUUUACCUGGACGCCGCCCCUCCCACCCACGCCUUCAGCCCCUGCGGUCACGUGUGCUCGGAGAAGACGGCCGGCUUCUGGAGCCAGAUCCCGCUGCCUCACGGCACGCACACCUUUCACGCCGCCUGCCCCUUCUGCGCCCAGCAGCUGUCUGGUGAGCAAGGCUACGUGAGACUCAUCUUCCAAGGACCCCUCGAUUAACAGACUGAAGCCGGUGGCUGCGCUGGGGGGAGGGGGGGCUUGCAGCUUUCCAGAUCCCUGAAAUAGAUUUUCGGUUGGUUUUUCUCGGUUGAAUUUUUGAAGCGGUUUGGUUCCUUUGACUGUGAGAUAUCCGGGACUCUUCUGUCGCUUGUUUUUAAGUGACCUUUAUAUUUGUUUUUGGUAAGAUAACAAAAGAAAAUAACAACAACAACAGCAAAGAUUACUAUAUUUUCAUGUGAAAUGAGACAAAAAACAAAGACACUGAUUGGUGAAUUAUUUGUUUUGUUUGGCAAAAAACUGGAAACAGUAUUUAUCUACACUACUACUAAACAGUAGGGCGACAUCCAGUUUUAUUUACGUUAAUUGUUGCAAUAUUCAUAAGUAUCUACAAGAUCUAACUUAAAUCAAAGAACAUUUUAUUUAUACCCCAUGAACAUGAACCCACUCCAACUACAUUCGUUUUAUCCUUUUGUUCCUCUUAAUAAAUAUACCCAACUUCUCUUUAACUCUGUAUUUUCAACAUUUUUUUUUUAUCCAGUAAAAUGAUGUUAAUCAGAUAUAAAGUUAUAUGUGUGCUAUGAGGAUUUAAAUUCAGUUUUAUUUUGGCACCCCUCUGAGGUGAACAAUUUCCUGUCCUGCUGUGUACUGUCUUCUGCUUGUCAUGUGCGUGUCUGUGUAAUCCGUUUGAGGCUAUUUAUACUUUACUCACAAGAUGUCACCAUGACUUCUCAAAGCAAUAGAUUUUGAAAUGUUCUUCCUCAAGUAUUAUGGGAAAUGUAGCUUUAUACUACAAGUCUUCAAAACCCUUCAGCCAUCUGACACCUCACUCUCUAAAGCAAAGGUCGGGCCUAGACUAUUGAAAUGAUUUUCAGAGCUGUUGUGUUAUUGGUUAGCAACACACACACACUUUUUAAAGUGUUUUUACAACCUCUAACGUGUUCUUCUCAUGAAUGUCAUUCUCAAAUACUGUAGGUAAUUACAGUACUAUCUUUAUAUUUUGAGUGAAGGUGUGUGUGUGUGUGGAAAGGGGGUGACAUGGUAUGUGUACGUUGUAAAUGGAUAUUGUAGUCCAUUUUAAUUGUGUGUUUUUAGGGUGUUCUCCAUCGAGCUAGAAUUUCAGUUCUUAUUCUGAGUUGACCACUGCUCUUCAGAAUAUGACACAGAAUCUCAUCUCAGGGAGAAACCACUUCCUGGUUACCUGUGUCUCACACACACACACACACACACACACACCUAUAUAUCUGACCUGUGUACACCCAAACACACACUGUCUUUGCAAAGAACUUCUGAGGAUACCUCAUAGGUUAAUGACUUUUCCACUAACUGUUUCAUUUAACUGUGUCUCUGAAAUGCCCCACUGUCAAAUGUAUUGAAACAAAUGUAUCGAAAGCGCCGCGUUUCUCUUUGUGGGGAAAAAGUGUGCAAGUAAGGGCUCUAUUCUUCUGACUGUGUACUGUUAAUUUAAAGCUGUCUGCAUGGUUGCUCUCUGCCAAGACGUGGUGUGUGUCUCUCGUCUCUGCUCCAAUCUGCCGUCUCCUGACACUGAGGCAAGAGCUGAGGUUCCAAAUUGACUGUUUUUGUACCAACUUUAAACAAUAAAGUUCAAAAGAAUGAUA